AUGGGUCUUCUGAAUGCUCAAGAUAAAGAGAUUAUCAAGAGGGCGUUGCCGAAGACGGCUAAUAAGAUAAUAGACGUCACUGUGGCGAGACUGUAUGUUGCGUUGCCGGAUUCGAACAAGUGGGUAUAUACGGGGCUGUCAGGGGCACUUGUCUUCGUGGAAGAUCUUGUUGGGAACACACUAUUUUUGAAGUUGGUGGAUAUCUACGGACAUAGGGGUGUUAUCUGGGACCAAGAACUGUAUGUGAACUUCCAAUACUUUCAAGAUAGAACUUUCUUCCACUCGUUUGAAAUUGAGGACUGUGCCAUUGGGUUGUUGUUCAUUGACGUCAGUGAGGCGCAACAUUUCUUGAAAAGGGUGCAGAAGAGGGAGAAGUAUGCCUCCAGGAAGACGUUGCAGAACAAGAACGCCAUUGCAUUGUCGAAGAAAUUGAGACAAGAGACUGCCAAAGGGCACACAGCGGGGACAGGUCCAAGGGGGGAGCCGCUGUUUGCCACGCAGAGACAGAGAUACAACUACGACGAGGCUGAAGCGAUCCCGAAUACCAAGAAGAAGGCGCCUCCACCGCCACCACCUGUAUCCGCUGAUCUUUCAUCAUCUCCGCAGUUUGACGAGACGUUCUCCGUUGCAUCAAGUACUGUAUCCACACCACACGCAGUUCCGGAACGGACGCCGACUCCGGCCGCCGUUCCUGAGGAGUCCCCCGAGGAGUCCCCCGAGAAGGUCUCUGAGGAGGUCCCCGUGGAACAUACGAAGCGUAACGUGCCACCGCCGUUUACACAACCACAGGCACAACAAACUACAUCGCAUGCGGUACCACCGCCUUUCCAACCGGCAGGUGGUGCUCCUCAAAAGUCUAAUAACAAUCCAUUUCCCUUUCCCAUACCAGCAAUGCAACAACCAAACUCUUUCAACACGCCUGCUCCGCCUCCAUUCGGAGGUGCUAAUAACUACGGCAUACCGCCGGCACAGUUGCAGAAUAGACCUCUGCCCGUUCCACCAGGCAACGCGAACAGGGCUGUUCCAAUGCCACCACCAAGACAAGCUACAGGUCCAGGGAUGGGUGGCUCUGUAGCAACAUCACCACCACCACCGCCGCCAGGGAGACGUGGACCACCUCCUCCCUUGCCGCCACACAGACACGCGGGCAGCUCGAUCCCCAGUCAAAGAAUGCCAAGUUCACAGACAUCUGGACAUGUGGCGCCACCAGUACCGCCCUCGCGGAGAGGACCGGCGCCUCCGCCACCAGCAAGGGCAAGACCUGCCGCUCAAUUACCUACCCAACAACAACAGCAGCAGCAGCAGCAGCAGUUCUUUGGGCAACAACCUACGCCAACGACUUUCGGCCAGUCACCUCCACCACCACCACCUGCUAUGCCACAGACUACGUUUAUGACGGAAUCACCACCACCACCGCCACCUCCAAUGCCUACAAAUCAGAAUUACUCGGCUCCACCGGCUCCACCGGCUCCACCGGCGCCUCCUGCACCUAAUAUGGGGAUGCAGAUGGGUGGUUCUGGUGGUGCACCACCCCCACCUCCUCCACCACCUGCCAUGCCUGUUGGAGGCGGUGGGAACGGCCCAACAUUGAACGAGACCACGGGGGACGCUGGCAGGGACGCACUUCUUGCGUCGAUCCGGUCUGUUGGUGGGAUCGGCGCUCUCAAGAAAGUCGACAAGUCGCAAUUGGACAAACCUUCUGCGUUGCUACAAGAGGCUCGGGGCCAACCAGACAGUGGUGGUGGUCCCAGCGGCGCGCCCAGCGGUGCGCCCGGCGGCGGCGGCGCCCCCGCGUCAUUGGCGGAUGCCCUUGCUGCUGCACUAAACCAGCGGAAGAGCAAAGUGAGCGCAACAGAAGACAACGAUCAGGGCGAUGACUGGUGA